UUGAGUUUUAUAAUGGCAAAGUUUCUGAAACAUGGUCGCCUAUGGUGUCAAUAUAACUCUCUCUCUGCCUCCAUUUUUUCCCUACCAAAGCUCUUCCAACAUUGUCAAGCUCCAUCACUUUUCUCCAACAGAUGAAUCAGAGAAGUUUUGUUGUCAUCUUCUUGUUCUGGGCUGUUCUUACAAUUGUCACUCCUACUCUGAUUUUCCUGUCAGAAUCUUCGGAAAGUGAAUCGGGUUGUAAUGGCAUGCCAAGUGAAGAAGAACUGAAUGGGCUGAGGUGGGUGAGGUGGGAAUCUCAGCAAGGAAAACCACGAUAUGUUAAAGCGAGAAAGGCACUGGCGCCGGCGUCAGCGCCGGCACCAUAUUCAGGUACCGGAAAGCAACCAGAGCAUGAUCAGCGUGCUUCAUGGAUCGAAUUAAGAGGGCCAUGGCCCCCCGCCACCGGCACCCCCUGCCAUUGCCAAAAAUCUGAGCGUAACCUAUGGUUUGGAAAGAAACUCCUUGAAUUCAUUUAAGGCAGCUACUUGAAUCCAGUGGUUCAGAAUUGUGCACAGUUGUUGUGGAACCUGAACUGUAGAUACAUGUAAUACUUGCAUUAUAUCAGAACUGAGUUUCUUCCAUUUGAAAAGUGAAAAAGAGUAGAUGAAGCUAAGAAAUAAAGAAAGACAUGUAUAUUGAUUAGCAAAA